AUGUAUGGAAUAGCUGAUGCUGACGAUGUACGAAGAUAUGAUAGUACGAUCGAUAAAUUAGAAAACAAUGAGAAAGAUGUAAUGCGUAUUGUUCAUGAUCAGAUAUCUAUAUUAAAAAGCACAAUAAUUAAUUUUAACGAUUCUGUUACAUCAUUUAAUGAAAAUGAGAAAAUUUUUGAUUCAAAUAUGAAAGAAGGCGAGAAAAAAGUGAACGAAAUGAUUAUUGAGAUAGCUAAGGAAGACGGAACAAUUAUUAUUCUGAGUUCGAUAACUCUUUUAAAAAACUCUAUAUUUGAAUUGGACAUGUUUAUAAGUAGGUUGCAAAGAGUAAUUUCUAACGUACCUACAGAACAAUAUAGUAGAUGCGUUUAUAAUAACACCCGACCAAUUGCUAUCGGAAAUAAAAAAUAUUCAGAUUAUUCUUCCGGAUAA